UAAUUUAUUUCGAAUCACAUUUGCUUUUAACGUACGCCUGCAAACAAAAAACUGACCCUAAAGUUGUAUGAGGCAUGCCAGCUGUGACGUUUUUGGUUGAAAACAGCUUGAGUUAUAAAAAACGGUUUUGAAAAACUGAACUUCAACACUCUGAACUAUUGAGGACUACUCUGCAUAACCUGUCGAAUAAGUAUUUGUUAACUCAAUUGCAUGUUUUGUGGUUCGUGUAGUCCCCAGGUAAAAGGGGUUUAGAAAAUCCAUAUCCCAGAGCCAUGACCAAAAAAGGAAGCAGCAGUUCCAGCGACUGCAACCAGGAUAGCAGUCGUCUUCCGUCCGUCCAGCCCCGUCCCAGACAGAGGAGGGAGAGAAAGAACAGGAAACGAUGGUACGUCCCGCCCCGCAUGUCUGAUCUUAAGCAAAAGACGCAGACUCCAACUGCGACUCCUAGAGGCACGGACCCCACCGGGAUGUGCAACCCCCAGAUGCCCAUGAUUCACAUGUCGUUUACCUGGUUAUUAAAUAUUUAGCUUCAGAGUGGUAAGCUUAACUCUAUCGUACUUAUAAAAUCUGGACCGAGCAUUUCUGUGAUUGAUCAUGAAUUCUUAUGGAUGUACUUUUAUCUCAC